GCUCCUAAUUCUGCGGGGACAUGUUUAAGCCUAAAGGCCUGAUUUCAUUUAACAGUCAGGAAAGCAACAUCUGUGGAUGUUGGGGUUUGUCAAAUCCUGUUUUUGCAAAAUCUCGUUUGGGGCUGAAGUUGUUUCUCCGAUAUAGUUAUUCUGUUGUUUGGAUGAAUAAUGUGAUAGUCAUCCUUGUGAAUUUCUCUGUGUUUUUGGGAAUGAUUUGCUAGUAAUUUACAUAGGAUCUUUUAAAUCGCACAUUUGUCUCUCACUGUUGGUUCUCUAUUUUAAUUGAAGGAUGAAGAACAAUUAGUUAAGGAUUUUAAAAAAUAAUUUGUACAAUAAACAUGGAUGUUCCUCUGUCAUACACAGAUUUGGGUUCUGUUCCAAUUUCAUCAUGAUACAGCACAUCUGGCAUAGCUAUCUAACAAUAAUCCAUGAAGGUGCAGAAGAUUCUGAUUGUUACUAUGACUAAAUGUACAAAUCACCUACCUGGGUGUUGAACUGAACUCUGCUCUCCACAGAAUUAUCUCGCUAGAUACAUGAGCAUUCAAAAUACUUGUGAAUUUUUGUCAGCCAUUAGUUUCUUCUGAAACUGCUCGGGUAAAAAGGAAGUUGGAGAAUGUUGCUAGGACUCAAAAAGGCAGCAGAGGAAUAAGCUGUUACGUGAAAACAUUUCUAUAACACAGAAGAAUGUGCAAAAACAUGCUUCAGUAAAGAAAGCGUGCAAUAAUAACACUAUCAGAUUUGGAAUGUGACUAUAUUAAUGCAAGGUCUUGCUGUUCAAAACUAAAUAAAUGGGUGCUCCCAGAAUUGAUUGGCCAUACUAUUGUCACUGUAUUAAUGCUUAUUUCAUUGCACUGGUUCAUCUUCCUCCUUAAUUUGCCGGUAGCAACCUGGAAUAUAUAUAGGUUCAUUAUGGUGCCAAGUGGGAACAUGGGGGUGUUUGACCCCACAGAGAUCCAUAAUCGGGGACAAUUGAAAUCGCACAUGAAGGAAGCCAUGAUUAAGCUAGGCUUUCACCUGCUUUGUUUCUUCAUGUACCUUUACAGUAUGAUCUUGGCUUUGAUAAAUGACUGAAGUUGAAAAGGAACUGGUUAGUUGCCAAAUUCUGAACCAUCCGACUCACUCCAGUGAACAGUUGUGGAGCCAGAGACACUUUCGAACAUACCUGGACUGGUGUCGUCAUGCAGUAUAUUUUUUCCUCUUUGAACAAGAAAUAUUUUUGCUGUAUUUUUAACAUAAAAUAUUUUAAAAACUGA